GCAGAACCCCAGAAAUUCCUGCUACGUGUUUACAUUGCCUCAGAUGUUGCCAUGAAGGUAACUCUGACAGAGCGGACAAAAUCAGUGGAAGAGCUAAUCAACAUGCUGCGAGAGAAAGUCAAGCCAAGACUGGACUUUGAGUUUACACUGCAAUAUGAGGAUCCUGACUUUGACAGAGAGCUUUGCUGUCUAGUUGAUGUUCAAGACUUACCUGAGAAGGGCACAUUGAAAGUUGUCAGAUCAGAAUCUGAUACCUACACUAAUACCAGUUCUAAUACGGACAUCCUCCCUCAUGUGCCUGUAAGCCAGCGUCAGACGACCUGGCCUGAUAUAUUCCCUGUGCCUACGUUUUCCUAUGAAGUGGAGCAUAUCCUUGAAGAGGGAAAUGUGGCCUUUGAGACAUCUGGAACGAUGCUGAAGUUAACCAGGGCCCAAAGCACAACAUCUUAGAGAACAUGGCUGAAGUGAUGCACAAAUUCAAACCAUACCCCAGUGACAGGGACAUAGGAAUGGCAGCAGAGGCUCUCGUUACAACUCAUCCAUGUCUUAAGGAGCCUGGAAGUGUGAGUGGAUGGUACAGGUGGAAGACUGGUCUCAAAAUUAAAAUGGUUAAUUUUCGUACGAAGCUGGCCAGAUCUGGAUGUGUGGAGGUCUCUGUCAACACAGGCAAGAGGAGCAAAAACAACCCUGAAAAGGAACACCCCCACUCAAACAUAAAAAGAACCAGACGGGCUGAAGUUAACUACCUUCCAGACUUCCCCAGAGGAGAAAACCAGGAUAGUCUGGAAGAAAUGAGAGUUCAGAUUAUUUCUGAAGUUGAGAAGAGAGAGAAAAACCUAUUGUUGAUAGAAAAUCUUAUGCAGAAGACCUUUGCCCUUCGUCGCCAGGAAAUUGUUCUGGAAAACCCAUUGAUGAAGACCUUCUUAGAGAAAUGGCCGGCCCUUCAGAUUGAAGCACAGGUUUGUGCUGAGUUCCAACGCAUUACAAAUGUCAACCUACGGAACCAGUUCUAUGCUGAGCUCGACCGACACACACCACAACUCAUGGCAUUAUUCAGACAGAAGGCAGCACGCACGUACAAAGUAUCAGAGAUGCUGCGUGACAUUCUAAGUGUUUAUGAUGUCCAGGAUUUUCAUGAUGCCAACAUGAAGCGCACUUUAGCCCUUCGUGCAAUCCCAGUAUACUUAUGUGAGGAGGACCCACAGUUCUUUAACGUGGGAUAGUGAGGAGUCAGGUGAACCAGACAUCACAAACUGUCCCGUUGCUCUUGUCAUGGUGGUCAACAGAGGCACUGCAUGUCCGGUUCAUUUCAAUCCUGCAAGCAUCACUAUUGUGGGUGAAGAUGAUGUUG